UACAAAGUAACUCCCUGUUAGAACCCAGAAUAAUUGCUGCACUCUGCAAUGGAACCUCUGGGAGUAACAACUGUUUUCCUGGUGAUUUGUGUUUCUUGCCUUCUUUUCCUUUCAGCAUGGAGAAAGAUGUCUGGAAGCGGGAAGCUGCCUCCUGGCCCUGUUGCUUUUCCCAUCAUAGGGAACACACUGCAGCUGACUACGAAGAAUUUACCCCAACAUAUAGAUGAGCUCAGUGAAAAGUACGGCUCGAUUUUCACAAUAUACUUAGGCUCAGAACGGGUUGUGGUGCUGUAUGGAUAUGAGAUUAUGAAGGAAGCUCUGAUCGGUCUCGGGGAGGAAUUCAGUGGAAGAGGAAGUAUGCCAUUAUUUGAAAAAAUGGCCCAGGAACCAGGUAUUGUUUUCAGUAAUGGGGAGCGGUGGAAGAAUCUCCGUCGGUUUGCCCUCACUAAUCUGAGAAAUUUUGGGAUGGGGAAGAAAAGCAUUGAGGCGCGUAUCCAGGAGGAAACCCAUUUUUUGGUGGAAAGGCUCAGAAACACACACGGGCGGCCAUUUGACCCCACCCUCUUCCUCACCCAUGCCGUCUCCAAUGUCAUCUGCUCGAUCGUCUUUGGGGACCGGUUUGACUAUGAAGAUAAGAAGUUUGUGACUUUAAUAAAUAUCAUAGAGGAAAAUGGCAAGCUCCAGCGCUCUCCCUGGACAGCGCUGUACAAUUUUUUCCCGACUCUCAUGGAUUACAUGCCUGGGCCUCACCAUAAGCUAUUUAAAAAUGCUCAGGAGUUCAGCAGAUUUGUUCUGGAGAGAGUCAAUAUGCACAAAGAGUCUCUGGAUCCCAGCUGUCCUCGAGACUUUAUCGAUGCUUUCCUCAUCAAAAUGGAAGAGGAGCGAAAGAAUGGCCAGUCAGACUUUAAUGUGGGAAGUUUGGUACGAAGCACAGUAGAGUUAUUUAUUGCUGGAACGGGGACAACCAGCGUCACCAUGAAAUUUGGACUCCUGAUUCUUCUGAAAUACCCAGAAAUAGAAGAAAAAGUUCAUGAAGAGAUUGACCGUGUGAUUGGCCGAAGCCGAAGCCCCUGCAUGGCGGAUCGAAGCCAGAUGCCCUAUGCAGAUGCUGUGAUACAUGAAAUCCAGAGAUACAUCAAUCUUGUCCCAUUAGGUUUGCCACAUGCCGUGACUAGAGAUGUUCAUCUCAAACAGUAUGUUAUUCCCAAGGGCACCACGAUAUUCCCUGCACUGAAGUCAGUUCUAUAUGACAGAAGGGAAUUCCCAAACCCAGAGCAAUUUAACCCAGGACAUUUCUUGGAUGAAAAUGGUGCCUUUAAGAAGAGUGACUUCUUCAUGCCUUUUUCUGCAGGGAAGCGGAUUUGCGUGGGAGAGGGUCUGGCUCGGAUGGAGCUAUUUAUGUUACUGACAACGAUUUUGCAGAACUUUACCUUGAAACCUGUUGUUGACCCCAAAGACAUUGAUAUAACUCCAGAGUCAAGUUUUGUGUCAAAUGCACCAAAAUCAUUCCAGCUCUGUGUUCUUCCUCGAUAAAGACAAUGAAAAGUCACCUCAAUACCUUAGACCUGUGCAUUUGUUUGAUUGUUUUUUAUUCUGAACUCAUUAACACAGGGACAGAAAUAAACUCAUUGUCUUCAGAGAGAAAGAUCAACUACUAGUUUUUUUAUGUAACUUCAAUUUAACAAUUAUAUGUAGUAUCAAAAAUUAACCAUAAAAUUGACUCAGAACCCACGCAGAAUAACUGUGUACUGGUCUCAGACAGGCUCAGGUGUGAAGAGAAGCUGGGUAUGUUUUCAGUUCAUUUGUGGUGUAGCUGACAAUUAUAGAAACUUCUUUAGGCAGAUGUAAGACUUCUUUAUUGACAAGGAGUUACUAACUGCGUCCAGCCCUUUGGCUGGUCAGAGCUCAUGAGAAUAAAUUGGGAUGAUGUAAUGCUUUUGGCUCAAUAUCCUACUUUGAUAGGCAGAGUUUCUGUGGCAUUGGGCUGAACUAGAGUUUCCCCUCCCCUGCUCAUUCAUGCAAUUUAAAAUAAAUGCACUGUUAAUAAA